CUCCCUGCCCACGGCGCCGGGCAGCGCGGGGCUCGGGCAGGGCCUGGCCGGCGGCCGGGGCCGCGGUGGCCGGCGGCGGGAUGGCCUUGGUGCCCUACGAGGAGGGAGGCGGCUGGACAGCGCGGCAGCUGCACAGCCCUUCGGCCACCUUCCACUUCGCCAGCCGCACCAUCCGCCUCCAGCAGGACUGGCGGCGGCUGGGGGUGGCGGCCGUGGUCUGGGACGCGGCUGUUGUUCUGUGUGCUUAUCUGGAGAUGGAAGGCAUUGAUCUCAGGGAUCGGUCUGUCAUUGAGCUGGGAGCUGGAACUGGAUUGCUGGGAAUAGUGGUCACAUUACUAGGUGCCCGUGUCACCAUCACAGACAGGGCGGCAGCGCUGGAGCUCCUGGAGUCAAAUGUGCAGGCAAACUUACCCCCUGAACUACGUCCCAGAGCGGUGGUGAAGGAGCUGACAUGGGGAAAAGACCUGGAUAACUUCUCUCCAGGAGCAUUUGACUUAAUCCUGGGUGCAGACAUCGUUUAUCUGGAAGAAACAUUUGCAGAGCUGCUUCAGACGCUGGAGCACCUGUGCUCGGAGCGAACGGUGAUUCUCCUUUCCUGCCGCAUCCGCUACGAGCGGGACCUCAAGUUCCUGAAGAUGCUGAGAGAGCGUUUCUCCGUGUCUGAGGUCCACUAUGAUUCCAGUAAGGAUGUUCAUAUCUACAAAGCACAGAGGGGGAGUCGCAAGGAUGACUUUUGACUCUCUGCUUUGUUAAUAAGCCACUGAUGAUGUUCAAUUCUCCCCUUUCUUUCUACUCAAUACACUUGUUCCUAAGCAUGAAGUUGCAGUUGUGCUAUUUCACUGGCUUCUUGUUCUGAUGGUCUUGUCUGAUCACUGGGUCUGAUACAGCAAGGAUUGUACUUCUGCAUAUUGAACCUCUGCUUCAUAUCUGAAUAGUGUCAUAUAGGGUGUUCCACUGUUUUUUUAUCAAAUGUUAUUUUUGAAGCAGAUUCAAGUUGCAGAAACCUCCAGCAUCAAAAUUGUUAUAUCAAAAGGUCUGUUGUCUGAAAUCAAACCACAUUUAAUUACUGGGGAAACUUAAAGAGAUUACAAUGUUUUUUUUUCCCCUUUAUCACUUCCUUAACUCUAGAAAAGUAGGAGAGUGGAUGAAAUAAAAGCUAAUGCUCCAGCUCUAAAUGCUUUAACUCUUCAGGACUUCUGCAUCUUAGAAGUUUGUGGUAGAAGAAACCACUUAAAAGGCAAAGAGAACCAAAGGCAGAUGCUAUAAAGGUGUUCUUUUGCUGUCACUGCUACUUUGAGGAGGCACAGUGAAACAAAGAACAAAAUCUGGAGGGGCACUAGGAACAGGGAUUGCCAAAUAAGCCAGCUUAGAAAUCAGUGUUAUUUUUAUCUGAUUUGCAAGUGAGUGGGCUACACCUGCAGUACUGAAGCAGUUGUGGUUUCUGAGUUGUCCCUAACAAGUCUGCCUCACACAGACUGAGGCUCCUUGGAGGAGAUACACGUGCACAUGUGCCACUGGGAAAGUGCAGCAAGGAAACUCAAGCUGUUCUAAAAUAUCAAAUCAGCCCUUGACUCUCAAAUCACCACUAGUAAUGUUCUACUUUGUUCUUUUGUUCUUGCUCCCUCUGAGAGCUGUUACUCAGGUCAGGAAGUGCUCUGUAAAGUCUUUGCAGCAGGGGAAGUACUCUUGCAUUACUUGGGACCUUGGGGCAGCAGCUAGGUUUGUGUGCUUUCAGUGCACAGUGGUAGUUAAGACACUGCUCCGAGUAACAGAUUUCAUACCUUGAGCUUGUAAAACACAUCUGUGUGUUUAUCCCACAAGAUCUGGGAAUCCAUCUCGCACCAGCAGCAAACUUCCUUCUCUUUCUAGUGGUGGAAGAAUGAAACUGAUGAAAACAAUGGGCAAACAGAAGACAGCUACACCUCUAAACGCAGGAAUUGCUUUACUACCCUUUUUUGUGUGUGUGGAUGUGGAACUUUUUUUGCUUUA